UCCAGGGGAACGGAUUUCGUGCGGGACCGGGUGUUUGUCUCGUUUCAUGUUACUGCAACAUGCCGAUUGAUACCAAACGUGUACGCGGCCCAGAGGUGUCUCAGAGCCCGUCUCUGUUUUCGUGUGAACCGGCGGUGGGUCUGCCCACGCGCGGGCCCCGAGCGGAUGGUCGGCAGCGGGACCAGGUGGACAUCCGGCCCGUUUUUGUCCGCUGCGGCCUGGUGAGCCAAGCUAAAGGCUCCUCGUAUUUAGAGGCUGGGAACACCAAGCUGAUGUGCUGCGUUUACGGGCCCAGAGAAACGGAGCGGAAGGAUGAGACGGAUAUGAAAUGUGGAAGACUGACUACUGACAUGCGCUUCGCUCCAUUUUCGUGCCCGGAGAGGGGCUCCUGGAUUCAGGGGAGCCAGGACAAGGACUUUUCCCUGAUGCUGCACGAGAGCCUGCAUCCAGCCAUGUGCCUUCACAAAUACCCUCGCUCUCAGAUCGAGGUCAACGUGAUGGUUCUUGAGAACAGCGGUUCAGUUCUGGCCCAUGCCGUUACAUGCGCCUCUCUCGCCCUUGCAGAUGCAGGAAUUGAAAUGUACGAUCUAGUGCUUGGUUGUUCCAUGCGCCAGGAUGGUGCCUCCUAUGUGGUUGACCCUUCCUACAUUGAGGAAAACAGCUGCAGCUCAGUGAGCCGUGAGAACCAGGGCGGUCUGACUGUUGCAUUCCUCCCAAGCCUGAACCAGAUUUCUGGGCUGCAAUCCGAUGGAGAAAUGACAGAAGAGACUCUAACUGCUGGGGUUAGGACCUGCAUUGAGGGAUGCUAUAAACUUUACCCAGUGAUCCAGCACACCCUGACGAAGGCUGUGCGCAAAGCUGCUCCACCACCGUCAGAGAGCUGAGAGAAUCACUAACUCCUCAGUUUAUAGUUUUUCCUGCAGACAAUUUCCAGUUCUUACUAGAGAAUGUAACCUAUUGUUCUGUGUGGGGUAAUUUUUUUGAUUUUUUUUUUAA